CCCGGAAGUGGGCUCUAGAUCGGGCAGUAAAAGUGGCAGGCAGGUCGCAGCUGAACUAUUUUUCUGCGUUUCCUCUCGAUCCCUCCCGAGUCCUCCAGGUCCGCGCAGAAAGGAAACUUCUCAGCUGUCAUGGGGGGCGGAGAUCUGAAUCUGAAGAAGAGCUGGCACCCCCAGACCCUCCGCAAUGUGGAGAAGGUGUGGAAGGCUGAGCAGAAGCAUGAGGCUGAGCGGAAGAAGAUCGAGGAGCUGCAGCGGGAGCUGCGGGAGGAGAGGGCCCGGGAGGAGAUGCAGCGCUACGCUGAGGAUGUUGGGGCUGUCAGGAAAAAAGAAGAAAAAUUGGACUGGAUGUAUCAGGGUCCUGGUGGGAUGGUGAACCGCGAUGAGUACUUGCUGGGGCGCCCCAUUGACAAGUACGUUUUCGAGAAGAUGGAGGAGAAGGAGGCAGGCUGUUCUUCAGAGACAGGACUGCUCCCAGGCUCUAUUUUUGCCCCUUCCGGUGCCAAUUCCCUUCUUGAUAUGGCCAGCAAAAUCCGGGAGGACCCACUCUUCAUCAUCAGGAAGAAGGAGGAGGAGAAAAAAAGAGAGGUGUUGAAUAAUCCUGUGAAAAUGAAGAAAAUCAAAGAAUUGUUGCAAAUGAGUCUGGAAAAAAAGGAGAAGAAGAAGAAGAAGGAGAAGAAAAAGAAGCACAAGAAACAUAAGCACAGAAGCUCAAGUAGUGAUGGUUGCAGUAGCGAGGAGGAGCGCGGCCGGGGGAGAUCUCAAAAGAAGAUGGCAGAUUCUUCCCCUGUGCUGUCCAGAGCCCCGGCAUAUGGCUUACAGAUCAGGGACUCCUACCAUAGCCAUGGAGUGCAGAGUUCUCUGAUGGCCAAGCAAAAGGGAAUGCACGGGUUGAAGAAUUAUUCCAGGUCCAGAAGCUCCUCCCACUCACCUCCCAGACAUGCCAACAAGAAGAGCACCCGAGAAGCGGGGUCCCGGGACAGGAGUUCUCGAUCCCCAGGCAGAAGGUCACGGUCCCCGAGGCCAAGCAAAUCGCACAACUCAAAGGUCAACAGGAGAGAGAGAGGCCGAACUAAAAGCCCAUCACCUAAAAAGGAGAUCUACCAAAGGCGGCAUGCUCCUGGAUACACCAGAAAGCUCUCAUCAGAGGAACUAGAGCGAAAACGUCAAGAGAUGAUGGAAAAUGCCAAGUGGCGGGAGGAAGAGAGGCUGAAUAUCCUCAAGAGGCACGCUAAGGAUGAUGAACGGGAACAGAGGCUGGAGAAGCUGGGUGCCCGGGAUGGGAAGUUUAUCCACCGCAUGAAGCUGGAGAGCGCAUCUACCUCCUCCCUGGAGGAUAGGGUGAAACGGAACAUCUACUCUCUACAGAGAACCUCAGUAGCUCUGGAGAAGAACUUUAUGAAAAGAUGAAAGCCAUCCCCUCUCUUGCUGGUUUUCCUGAAUUUUCCAGGGAGGCUGCUGAUCCCUUAAACAUUCUCUUUAUAAGAGUUCAAGUGACUUCUUGUACAGUUGUCAGAGCACCGCUGUUCAGAUGACUCUCCUCCAGCGAUUCCUGAGACAGCUUACUUCCUUGGGGAACCAGUGUGGCGCACUUUGUGGGACCCUCAGUAACUUUUGCUGAGUGCCUUGUAGGUUUUAGUGAGUGGGCACUGGACACUCUAGGUGUGAGCACUCAUCCUGCUCUGGAAGGCUGUUUCCUGCGGUCAUGAUACUUACACUAUGCCACUUUCUUCCCGGCUGUGAGAACAGUGUGCCUCAGUGUAGACUGGACCUUGCAGAAACCUCUCUCUCGAGUCACCCAGAUAGAUUGUGCUUAGUAGGGUAAAUGAACAUCUACUUGAUUUAGUAGAUAAUGUGACAAAAUGAUGUCAGCUUAGGGCAGAGCCAAGGGGGUGACAAAGAAUCUGGAAGGGGAAACAAUCCAGAAAAGCACUAGAUGAGCUGUUGACUAUCUUUUGAACUGUACAAGUAUAGUGUGUAUGUGUAUAAAUGUAUAAUUUUUACAUGCUUUUUAAAAAGUUAGCUUUGUGAGAACAUCUUGUUUGGUAAGUGACUGUACUAUAUGUUACUGAGUAAUACAGUAAGGCAGGUCAGCUUUUUUUCCCCUCUGAAUCCGGCUAGUUUAGGAGGAGCCCAAACUAGGCUGUCAUGGCUCUGGUCCCAAGGAGGCAGCUGGGUAGCUGAUUCAUUCAUUGUGUUCCUGGUGUUUCUGUGUCUGCAGCCAGAACAGGGAGGUCAGCCUCCAAGCCACCUUUGUUACUACUCCUACCAAGGAGUAGUAGUUUGUAGGGUUUGUAGAUAGGAUCCAGGGUAUCUGUCCUUUUACACUGCUUACAGGCUCCCCUGUGGGCAGUGCAGCGGUGAAGUCAAAUGAUUUUAGGAGUCAGGACCAAAUUACUAGUGUGCUCCCACCCUGGCUCUUAAAAGAAAAUAAAAUGGAAGCUGUUUUAUUUCAUGGCUUCCUUUUAAUCAUGUAGUAAUCUUAUUACAAUUGUAGAUUUUCAGGAGUUUGUUCCUAUUUUUUAGUCAGGUAUUAAAAACCCCAGAGACUUGGGACCAGUCUCUUUCCUUUACUCUUUUCCCUUUUCUGUUCUUUUACCAGAAGCCCUCAUUUGACCCAUGAACUCCUUAGGCCCUCUUGACCCACACAUUAGCCGGGCUAGUUCCUUGUUCUGCUAAUCCCUAAUUCUGCUUAAAACGAAUUUGGAUUUAUAUUUUUGUGCAUUUAUGAUGCCAGGCACUAUAAUACUUAAAACCCAGUCUUUCCCCAGAAAGAAAAUAACACACCCUUGUUAUUCAUUUAAUCACCUCAUCCUGCUUCUCUAUGCUAAUUAUGUCUUUUAUUUUAUUACUUGGUAAUAAAGACUACAUUUAUUUUUGUAACUGCUUAAAGAGCAACCAUGCGCUGAGUACCGAAUUUACGAAUUCCCAUACAGAACAAUACUGACCCGUAAUUUGUGUCAAAUGUUUGGAGAUCCUUCGUCCGAGAGGAAUUAUAUAACAAAGCGUGGGCAGUUUACUCAAAGAUGGCAUGAAGUGAGCCAGAGAAUAAGACGAUUAGGAUUCUCU